AAAAGAUAUUGGAUAUUGGAUAUUGGAGUGGCUAGACUACCAUCGAUUGGAAGCUACCAAGUGCCUGGAACCGUACCGAAAGAACAAGAAGCGAGUAAAAAGAAAUCAACUGGUUUAAACUAGCUCUUGUAAAAGAUAUUUGGUAUUGAGGAUUGCAGCUAUUUGUGUAUUGAGCAAUUUCAGGUCGAAACAUAUACUAGUUUAAAUGCUCUAAAAACGGUAAACAGCUGAUCUCCGACGUUUGAUACCGAUGAUUCGAUUGGCGGAUAAAAUUCGUCAAAGACAAAGUGGUGUUACUUCCACUGAACCAGAUGCUGUUCAAUCAGCUUCUGUUCGUAACGCUACUAUUCGUGAUCAUCUUGUGCUACAAGAAUUACAAGAAUUACGAACUAAUCUCUCCGCUCAAUGUUCAAUUCAUCAUCCUGAUCCAAAUAAACUUCAUGAAUUCACUUUAAUCGUAAGACCAAAUGAAGGAAUAUGGGCUGAUGGAAGUUAUCAUUUCAGUAUUGUAGUUCCUGAAGGUUAUAAUCAUACUCCACCAUUAGUACAUUGUACUACAAAAAUAUGGCAUCCAAAUAUUGAUGAAGCUGGACGUGUUUGUUUAAGUUUACUACGACAAAGUUCAUUGGAUUUUUCUGGUUGGGCACCAACAAGACGUUUACUUGAUGUUGUCUGGGGCAUUGAAUCACUUUUUUCAGAUUUAUGCGAUUUCAAUGAUGCACUGAAUACAACAGCUGCUGAACAAUAUUUACGUGAUCCUGAAGCAUUUCAUGAUACUGCACGAAGUUAUGUCUUUCGUUUUGCACGAUAAAAACAACCAUUUCUUCUGUGUUUUCCUUCUUCUUCAAUCAAUCAAUUUUCAUGUAUUCUUCUUCUUUGUCCAACCCGUUUUUUUUUGCACCACAAAUUCAACAUGUCAAACAUUGUUCAGAUAAGAUACAUUGGAAUUGAAUUCAUUUACUAAAUAACUAUUUUUUUGUAUUCUGUAAACUAAACCGAAUGCUUCGUAUAUAUAUAUAUAUAUAUAUAU